CCUCCAUCUCCUCCUCCCCUUCCUCAUCGCAUCCACUUCCUGCAGAAAAUUAAGCUCAAACAAUGGCAGCUUGCUUCCAACAGCCGGCCCAGCUGGAGGAUGACUCAACCCUACUCUUUUCAAAUUCGGACUCCCAUGAAGGCUCCACCAGCCCUUCCUCUUCCUUCUACCACUCACCGCCACAUGAUCAUCAGUCCAAAACUACAUACAGACUAACUGUAAAAACUCUUUCUCACACCAUUUAUCCAGUCCAGUCAAUGCCUAUUUCCUUCUGUCGUCCCUGGAAAAAGCCUAAGCCCAUCAACAUACUCAAAGGGGUCUCCUUCACUGCCAAAAGCUCUGAAAUCCUUGCCAUUGUUGGCCCAAGUGGUACUGGGAAAUCUACCCUUCUCCGCAUUAUCUCAGGCAGGGUAAAGAAUGAAGAAUUUGAUCCAAAGAGUAUCUUACUCAAUGAUCAUCCAAUCACUUCCCCAGCUCAGUUAAGAAAGAUAUGUGGGUUCGUGGCCCAGGAGGACAACCUGCUUCCUCUACUCACUGUAAAGGAAACCCUAAUGUUCAGUGCCAAGUUUAGGCUUAGGGAAAUGAGUGGAAAAGAUAAAGAAGAGCGGGUCGAUAGCUUGAUGCAAGAGCUUGGCCUUGUGCAUGUUGCAGAUAGUUUUGUUGGAGACGAAGAGAAUAGAGGUAUAUCUGGCGGAGAAAGGAAAAGGGUUUCGAUCGGAGUCGAUAUGAUUCAUGAUCCCCCAAUAUUACUUCUUGAUGAGCCAACUUCAGGCCUCGACAGCACUUCAGCACUUCAAGUGAUUGAGCUGCUUUCAUCUAUGGCAAGAGCGAAGCAUAGAACAAUAGUUCUGUCUAUCCACCAACCGAGCUAUAGACUUCUUCAAUACAUUUCUAAAUUCUUGAUCCUCUCUCGUGGUUCAGUUGUCCAUAUUGGUAGCCUUGAAUUGCUGGAGGAAAAAAUAGACAAAAUGGGAUUCAAAAUCCCAUUGCAACUAAACCCUCUAGAAUUUGCUAUGGAGAUCAUAUACAGCCUGGAAGAUUCAAAUCCCAAUUCUUAUCACAGUGAUAUAGAAGAUAAGAAGCCAUCUUCCUACUCAGCAUGGCCGGAAGAAGAGGUGGGCAGAAUUCAAAAGCAAAAUGAUGGCAGCCAGAUGGGUAAUCACUAUCUUUGGAGUUUUUUUGAGAUUAUGUUCCUCUGCUCGAGAUUUUGGAAAAUUAUUUAUAGAACAAAGCAGCUCUUCUUGGCAAGAACAAUGCAAGCGCUUGUUGGGGGAUUUGGGUUGGGAAGUGUAUAUAUAAAGGUGAGGAAGGAUGAAGGUGGAAUCGCAGAGCGGUUGGGUCUCUUCGCUUUUAGUCUUAGUUUUCUCCUUUCAUCUACAGUCGAAGCCCUCCCAAUUUACCUUCAAGAGCGGCGGGUCUUAAUGAGGGAAUCUUCAAGGGGAGCUUACAGAAUUUCCUCCUACAUGAUUGCCAACACUAUCAUCUUUCUUCCCUUCUUGUUUGCAGUGGCUAUUCUUUUUGCGGUGCCGGUUUACUGGCUUGUAGGGCUAAACCCCUCCAUUGCUGCAUUCACAUUCUUCACUUUUGUGGUUUGGCUGAUUGUCAUGAUGGCUAGCUCUCUAGUACUCUUCUUAAGUGCAGUCUCUCCGGACUUCAUUUCCGGAAAUUCUCUGAUCUGCACUGUUCUUGGCGCCUUCUUCCUCUUCUCCGGCUACUUUAUCCCAAAAGAGAGCAUCCCCAGAUACUGGCUCUUCAUGUACUAUGUCUCCCUUUACAGGUAUCCGCUGGAUUCCCUACUCAUAAACGAGUAUUGGAGUAUGAAGGGUGAGUGUUUCUCUUGGCAAGUUCAAGAUCCUUCGAAGUGUUCGAUAACCGGAAACGAUGUGUUGAAGGGUAGAGGGCUGGACAAGGACACAAGGUGGAUGAAUGUGGGAAUCAUGUUUGGUUUCUUCAUCUUCUAUCGCUUGCUUUGUUGGAUCAUUCUGGCUCGAAGGGCUUCAAAAACAACCAUUUAACUCUGCAGAAAUAUGAGACAAUCAUCAUCACCCUCUACAAUGUUGAUAAAUUCAGAUUUCACGAUUAGGAAGGGAUGCAUAUAGAAUUCAUAAACUAGAUGUUCUUUUCAUGUUCAUAAGGAAUUAAUUCGAACCAGUACUUAAUUGUUGCCUUGCCUGUUGCCAAAAAACACAUGGUCCUGAACCAAUAGGCCAGAAACUGGGCUCCCCAUUCUCCCUUUCUUUCGUUGACCAGUGGGCCGUCUCUAACUGGCCGGGGUAGGAUGGGUCACGCCUCGGCCUUAUAAGUCAAGCCCAGGCCCAGCUGCUGCGGCCAGAGGUUUAACAAUCAUAUGUUUUUAAUUAUUUUAAUGUUAUGUUAUAAGUUUAAUGAUGA